AAUUGAAUUCUAGAAGGACAACUCGUAAAUAUUUUCUUCUGAAAAAAAUUGAAACUUGAAAAACUCGAAAAAAAAAGUUAUGAAAAUAUGAGAAAUUGUAAACUAUCAAUAUCUUUGUUGACAUUUGUUUUAGUGCAAUGUCUCGCAAAUCUCGACAAUCCAACAGCCGACAGCGGCAUAUUUAUGGAAGAUUUGUGUCUAAAUGUGAAAAAUCACGUAAAAUUGGCAAAUCCUUUCGAUAAAUUGGGAUAUUUUGAAUGUGUCAAUGGCGAAACAAUCGAAAAAGUUUGUCCCGGCAAGAGAGAAUUUAAUUUGAAAUUGCAAAGAUGCGGAUCUAAAGGUACAAGCGUGAAACCAACGUCUAAAUUAACAUUGAAGGAAAAACUAAAAAUGCGAAAACAAUCAACUUUGGCUUCGAAAUAUCAAUCGAUCAAGGCAAAACCGGCAAUUAAGAAUUUUUCUGCAGUUACUGUUAAGCCCAAACGUUUCAUCCGAGAGGUUAGAAAUUCAGAAGAACUCACUCAAUGCGUGAAUCAAGACAACUGGAAACUUCUGCCACACGAAAAUAAUUGCCGCAAAUAUUAUCUGUGUGUUAAUGAGGUCACGUAUCCGCAGCAAUGUUCACGCGGUGAAUGGUUCGAUGAUGAGCGACAGGGUUGCGUGCCUCAACGUGAAUCACGUUGCACACACAAAGCGCCCGAAAAUUACUGCGAAGGUGUUCCAAACUUCUUCAAGCUCGAAAGUCCCGAUUUUUGCGAAGAUUACUUCAUGUGUGUCAAUGAUAUUUCCUACUUCUAUCGGUGCGAUAACGGCGAAUGGUUUGACCAGAAAAAUCAACGAUGUGACUCGCCUGAUAAUGUCGAUUGUAUUAUUUAUAAUCCUCCGUCGCCGCCCGAUGAUUUGUGUGACAAAGUGCCAAAUUUUAAAUACGUUGCAAGUCCUUAUAGUUGUUCUCAUUAUUAUCAAUGCAUCUUACAAAGACCCUAUUUCAAGAAGUGUCCCGAAGGAUAUUGGUUCGACAACGAUAAACAAUCUUGUAGAGACAAACAUGAGGUAGAAUGCACACUCCCUCAGCAAUAAAUAUUUUUUUAUGGCAAAUUUGAACUAAACUGAC